GAAAAAUCGAAAGGGGACAUAAUAGAAGAGUAAGGGAAAAUGGUUGGGAAAAAGAAAAAUAAUGAAAAGGACAUAUCUAACCAAUUAUUUUACCCUUAAUUUUCGCCAAUUUGAGAGACAAACUCCUCAACCCCCUAAUCCCCUAUGAAAGAAAAUCAAGAUUGUCUUCACUCUUCUUCCUUUUUAGGCUUCCCCAUCACCAAAACUCUGUCCAACCAUAUUUUAUACAUUUAUUUAUUUCAUUAUUUAUGACCCAAACCCAAUUUAAAGUUAUAGAAUUAAAUUGAAUCACCUUGAUUAUAUUCUUCCACUCAAACAAACAAACAAACAAAAGUCCUAAUUUUCUCAAUCCCUUUUCUUUGAAAACUUUUCCUUUCCCAAAAAAAAAAGAAGGGAUUUUUCUCUCUCCCAAAAUGUCUAGUGAAUCAGUUACUAUUGAAGGAAGUGAUGGAGUAAAUCUAAAAUCAAGAAUAUUUAAACCCACAGAAAAUAAUAAAGAUGAAAAUUUGGGCAUUGUUUUGGUUCAUCCAUAUUCAGUUUUAGGUGGUUGUCAAAGUUUAUUAAGAGGAAUGGCAACUGGGUUAGCAAAUGCUGGUUAUUUGGCUGUUACUUUUGAUAUGAGAGGUGUUGGUAGGUCAACUGGUAGUAAAUCUGUUUCUGGGUUUGCUGAGGUUAAAGAUGUAAUUUCUGUUUGCAAAUGGGUUUGUGAAAAUCUGUCUGUUAAUAGGAUUUUGCUGGUGGGUUCUUCUGCAGGUGCACCAAUUGCUGGUUCGGCUGUUGAUCAGGUUGAGCAAGUGGUAGGUUAUGUGAGCAUAGGAUAUCCAUUUGGUAUGAUGGCAUCAAUCCUCUUUGGAAGGCACCAUAAGGCUAUCUUGCAGUCGCCAAAACCAAAGCUUUUCGUUAUGGGAACACGGGAUGGCUUUACAAGUGUCAAGCAGUUGCAGAAUAAGCUAAGCUCAGCUGCAGGCCGUGUUGAGACACAUCUAAUUGAAGGUGCUAGCCAUUUUCAAAUGGAAGGUCCUGAUUUUGAUUCUCAAAUGGUUGAGUUGAUUGCAAAGUUUGCAGAAUCUCUAUAGGUGACGGGUGGGUAAAACUCCUUCUGUGUGCCUAUAUCAACAAGCAAUCUGAUAGAUUUUCCGAUGCACUAGUAGCAGCAAAAUCUAAAAUUCGGAAAAUGGAGGUGGUAAUAUGUGCAGAUAAUGAGUAUUGCAUACUAACGUGGCAACAUUGUUACAUGUUACAACAUAUGGUCUCUAUUUAUUUUUGUAAUAUUCUUUGAAAUGAUUGCAGUUACUGGAGUUA